UUCUCCUCUUUAUACAGACAGCUCAUGGUUGUCCCCGUGGUCUGUCGUUGAAGUUGGUUUGCUGUGGUACGCUUACAACCAAAACUUUUAAUUUUGAUAGAACGAUUUUACGAGAAAAAAGACGUACAAUUGAAGAUAAUCGAGUCAUAUAAUCUUUGGUGAUAAAAGGCGUAUCUCAAGAUGGGUGUCCCGAAAUUCUUCAGAUAUAUAAGUGAGAGAUAUCCUUGCCUUAGUGAGACGAUCAAGGAAUAUCAGAUGCCAGAAUUUGACUAUUUAUAUUUAGACAUGAAUGGUAUCAUACACGCAUGUUCACAUCCGAAUGAUGGUGAUGUUCAUUUUCGCAUUUCCGAGGAUACCAUUUUUAAGAAUAUAUUUCACUAUGUGGAAGUACUGUUUAAUAUGAUACGACCACAAAAGCUGUUUUUUAUGGCAAUAGAUGGAGUAGCACCUAGAGCUAAAAUUAAUCAACAGAGAAGCAGGCGGUUUAGAUCUGCCAAAGAUGCUGAAGUACAAGAAGCUAAAGCCAAGGCACAGAAUAUCAAGAUGCCUACGGAUAAAAGAUUUGACUCAAACUGCAUAACCCCAGGCACCUUCUUCAUGGCUGAACUUGCCAGACAGCUCAAUCAUUUUAUUGUACAUAAGAUUUCUACAGACGAUACUUGGAAAAAAUGUAAAGUACUGUUCAGUGGCUCUGAGGUCCCUGGAGAGGGAGAACAUAAGAUCAUGGAUUUCAUAAGAUAUAUGAAAGCAAGUAAAGAUUAUAACAUUAAUUCUAGACAUUGUUUGUAUGGUCUAGAUGCUGAUUUAAUAAUGUUAGGUCUGUGUUCUCACGAGCCAAAUUUCUCUCUUUUGAGGGAGGAAGUUAAGUUUGGUAAGAAGCAAAAGAGGAUUCAGACUCCUGAGGAGACGAAGUUUUGUCUCCUUCAUUUGUCGCUCUUACGAGAAUAUAUAGAUCAUGAAUUUUCGUUGGUUAAAGACAAGAUAUCUUUUCCAUAUGAUCUUGAGAAGAUAAUCGACGACUGGGUUUUAAUGGGAUUUCUUGUGGGGAAUGAUUUUAUUCCCCACUUGCCAAAUUUACAUAUUGCCAAUGGUGCACUGACAAUUCUGUACCAUGCAUACAUAGAAAUAUUACCGACAUUCGAAGGUUAUAUAAAUGAAGCGGGAACGUUAAAUCUAAAUCGUUUCGAGAAGUUUAUGGAGAGACUUAGUCGUUUAGAUCUAAAGCAAUUUAACGAACAUUAUGCUGACUUGAAGUAUUUUGAAAGUAAAACUGGUAGAAAGCCUAAUGAAACUGAACGUCAUGUAUAUGAGAAAUCUGAAGACGAAGAGGUGGCAUCCCCCAAAAAAAUACAAAAUAAGGAUUUAGACGCUUUAAUUAAGUCCACUGCAGAGAUGUCCUUAGGACAUUCCGAUGAAGAUGACGAGUUGGAUAUAAUCGACGAUGAGUCUGACAGUGAUAUAUAUCAUAUGGAAUUUGUACAGCAUAAAAGAGAUUAUUAUAUGAACAAGUUAGAGUACAAAAAUGUUGAUGCGGAGUUUCUACGUUCACAAGCAGAGGGUUAUGUGAGAGCAAUACAGUGGAAUUUACAUUAUUAUUAUAACGGUUGUUGUAGCUGGUCGUGGUAUUAUCCACAUCAUUAUGCCCCGUACAUUUCAGACAUAAAAGACUUCAAAGAUUUAAAGUUAGAGUUCGAAUUGGGAAAACCAUUCACACCUUUUGAACAAUUGCUGGCUGUGUUACCAUCAUAUAGCAGGGAGCUAUUGCCAGUAGCGUUCCAAUCGCUAUUGGUAGAAAAAGAUUCUCCCAUUAUAAAUUACUAUCCGAGUGACUUUAAGACCGAUUUAAAUGGAAAACGGCAAGAAUGGGAAGCAGUUGUACUUAUUCCAUUUAUCAAUGAAAAACUAUUGAUAGCUGCUAUGCAGCCACACUUAUCGAAGAUAACACCAGAAGAACAACAACGAAAUAUGCACGGUAAAAUGCGGUUGUACUCGUUUACCGAUGAUAAAAUGAGUGUUAACGAAGAGACAUCACAUUUCCCACGAAUUGAUAAUCACGCUUAUGUAUCAUUAAUAAGUUACGACGACAUUUUCGUGCCGAAGCAGCAAUUAGUCAGAGGGUUGUCUCCAGGCUACGAUAUAAACGUUUAUUAUCCUGGAUUUCCUAAGCUGCAUUGUAUACGCCAUACGGCGAGUCUAACAAAAGCUGAGGUGAAAGUAUUCCAGCAACCAUCACGAGGAGAAAAUAUGAUUUUAUAUGUGAUAUCAGAGCAGAUAUCAAGGUUGGAGGACUUGGCGUCACAAUUAUUAGGAAAGAGCGUGUACGUUGAUUGGCCCUACUUGAAGAAAGCCCUUGUGGUCGGUGUAGCUAACAAUAGCACAAAAUUCACUUUAAUCGAUUCACUAGUCGAUUAUAAUCCCGACAAUGUGAACAAAGAAAACAUGAAAGGCCAAUUAGUCACUGAGUGGAAUGUGCAGGAGAAACAUAUCAGAGAGACAUAUAUGUCGCGUUUCGGGAUAUCCAUAGGUCAUACCGAUGUGCUGGUUUACGUUCGUCUUUUCCUGGGUAGCAAAUAUGUCUUUGGUACCCAAGGAGAAGUGACGCUUGAGAAACAGUGGGCCAAAUUGCCCGUACCUUAUGUUUAUCAGACAGUAGUCAAGGAUAUUUCUACUUAUUACAAGAGCCUACCAGUCUACAAAACUAUGCAUGAUAUCUUUGUACCAGGAACCAUUUGUUUUAUGCUGGGUUACCCAUAUUAUGGUGCAAUGGGAAAGGUAUUGCCAAAUAAAACAGAUGACACAAAGUCACGCAGAAUCCAGGUCUCUGUAACGUUUACAAAGGAGCCAACGUUAGAGAUCAUUAAACAAGCUCAUGCUCAACAGAAAACACGAUACAUGCACGGCAGUAUCGCCGCGCAACGUCUUGGAAUAAGUAGUCAUCUAUUGAGUAGGAUCACUGGUACGAUUUACGUUGUACAGGCAUUGUCGAACGAAUUGGACCUUACAAAGCAUAAUAUCGGAUUAAAUUUGAAAUUUAAUAAGAAAAACGAAGAGGUACCUGGUUACACCAAGAAAGAAAAUAACCAAUGGCUGUACAGUUUAAAGGCGAUUGAACUGAUCCGCAAUUACAUGACGAAGUGUCCCAACUUGUUUGAACGUUUAACAAUAAAUGUGACGAACGACAUUUUCCAAGAGGAGGAGUUAUUCGAUAAAGAAUCGAACGAGUUGGAAGGUAUAGUCACUUGGCUGAAAACAGAACUAAAUAAUAUGGAGAGCCGCACUUGCGGAGUAGAAGCUAUUGAUACAGAAAUAGUACAAAAACUCGAGGACGAAUUAGAGGAAUAUCUGAAGACAUCUGCUAACGACAGCAAAACAGUGAUUAUGCAGGUGAAGCCGCAUUUGCUUUUCAAACCAGAAUUACAUUUGCGCAAUAUGGCGCCUGAUACGAAUUCUCAGCAUCGUUUGUUGGACCGUAUUUGCUGUGUUCGAAAUGGCUUCACCGUACCGAUUGGAGCUAAAGGCACUAUUAUAGGAAUGCAGAAGGCGAAUAAUAAUCCAGCGGAGACGAUGUUCGAUGUAUUAUUCGACCGGCCUUUUAUGGGUGGACUCUCUGUGAUCGGUUGUUCCGAAUUGCGUGGCUAUCGUCUAGCGAUCACAGAUUUCAUGAACAUCAGCUAUGGCGAGAGAAUGGAGCAUGGAAAUCCAAUGAACGAGCCGUCAGAAAAUUGGCGACAGAUGACAGCAGGUACCUCUUCGCCAAAGAGAAACAUCCGUCAGUCGCCGAAAGUGUCCCCGCAAAUGCGUCUCGCCAAAAAGGGUCUCGAAAAAUUGAAUCAGGAUAUACUGUCGCAACUCGAGUCGAACAAAAAAACGAUAACUGCACCAUGCGAAGUACAGUCGAAGAAAUCUCAGAAUGCUUCUUCGAGUCAGUCCGAGUUUCAAACGUUAUGGAACGAAUUGCAUAGUUUGCAGAAGCUGAGUGUCCCGCCACCGCCGCCGUCAAAACAAAUACCGUCGAGUUCGAUGGUAAAAAUGAAUCCAGGUGCAAACAGUCGCAACGCACAAUCGGAUCCUAGUGCAUUCUUGAAAGCUAUGUUGAAAAUUGCUGAUGGAGAUGAGCAAACGAGUAAUAAGCAACAGAGCGAUCAAUCAACAGAGGAAUCCACGACAACGUCUCAGAAAACAACAAUUGCGGAAAAACAUGGAACAUCGGAUCCACCCCCACCUUUGGUACAACAAUGGUUUGACCAUGCUCGACGUGCUGAGGAAAAAGAAGAAAAGACAAAUCCAAUUUGGUAUUGUUCACAAUUAUUGAAACAUUUUUCAUGCAACAGUAUUGGUAUGCCAAAGUAUGUUUAUACUUUUGACGACAAAACAGGUUUAAUUAGCUGUCAGAUUUUGCUGCAAAACGCAAGCUUUAGAGGCGAACCUUGCGCCACUCAUGGGCAAGCCGCAGAAAGUGCUGCAAAAAAAGCAUAUAAGACGUUAAAUUUGGAUAAAAUAUCAACGCCUGAUACGAAAAUGAUACCGGCACCUCGACAACAAUGGUACAACGGCCAACAAAAUAGUUCUUGGGUCCAAAAUAUACGGCCUCCUGUGAUGCCAAUGUGUCCUCCAAAGAUGCCACCAAUUCCGCAAAAUCUAAACAUGCAGCCCAACUUAUUUUACCCAAAUUGGAACCAAAAACUGCCACCAAAUCAAGGGUUCAACCAAACCAUGUACGGUCAAUACAGACAACAGCUAGGGAGACCUCCGCCAUUGCACUCCACCACUCCGGUUCUGAACCAGCCCACAGUAGAGAUUAGGCAAAGCACCGCGUUUGUUCCGUUGCAGGCUCAGAAAAAAAACAGAAACACUAGCGUGAAGCAGAUUCCGAAAGAAGUAAGCCCAAGCGUCAAGAAAAACCUUAAUCCUAACAUGCAGCAACAGCAACAAAAAAAGGAAGAAGCUCAAAAAUUGUCACUCAAGGACGAAGUGGCGGAAGCUAUACAUAAAAUUAAGAAGGAGUUAAGUGAGCCUAAAACGUCACAACAGCCGCAGAAUGCGGCGGCAAAAACGUCCAAGCCCAGGAAAUCGCGCGUUGCUGCGAAAUUUGGCACACAAACUUUAUCAAACGGUAGUGAACCCCAGUGAAGAUUCUACUUCAUUCGGUAUGACGGGAGUAGAUCUCUUCCACGAAUUAUAUGUAAAUAUAAGAGAAAUACGUACUCCAUCUCUCCGCUCUCGUUUGUUUUCUACAUUUUAAUACGUGCAGAUUUUUCUUUAAAGAUUUCCAACGGGCCAGUAUUUCAUUAGAAAUUUUGAAGAUUUUAUGACACACUGGGCGUUUUUCGUACUUAUAUGUACGAUCGUAUGCCAGUGCAUAAAGGACUCAUUAUACAAACUCUCUCAAAUGAAAUGUAUAUAUAUACACAUGCACCGAACUUAUAUAUAUAAAAUAUACAACAUAAAGGACAUUAUUAUAAAUGAGAGUGAUCAAUUGAUUGUUUAUUUUAUAUUUUGUACACUCUGCAAUGUACUGGUAUAUUGUCAUUAAUGUAAAUUAAUUUUUUGAUUUUAUCAUAAUUUAUUGAAACGAUUAAUAACCGAUAUUUUGAGAGUUUACCAUUCCUAACAUUUUGAAAUUAUUUAUUAAUUUCUUAAUAUUACCUGUUAUAUAUCUGCUCGAGUAACGAUAUUUUAUGUUACAAUGUAUACAUCGUGCGUACAAAAAGAAUCAAAAGUAUAUGAUAAAGAUUGAUAAUCAUAUUUUUCACGAUUUCUUCUUAAGAUUUCUUUUUGUAGAUAUGCGGAUCUUUUAUUUCUUUUUUUAUUGUUAAAAUACAUAUGCACAAGGAUCAUAUUGUAUUGGUUUCAACAUUUCGUUUAAAAAAAAUAAGAUAAUCUCUCUCUGUC